AAAUAGGCUAAUCUAAUUUCCUCGCUCAACAGCUGGUGUCAAAAUUUCUGAAGAUAAAUUUGUACGCGAAGCGAGCUACCUUUUUACGCUCUGCUUUUUACGCAAGGUGAAUUAGCCCGCAUGGGGGAACUGCCCGCGGAUGCCUGCAAAUAUGGCGGAUUGAACUGGAGUAAAAUGUGCAAAGGAGUAGUUGAAUUUUUGCUUUAAAAACUACAGUUUGGAAUCCGUCUUCUACAAAUAUAAAUACUUGAAAGAUAGGAUCUGAUAUUUUUCUUGACAGUGUCUUAGUUUAAGGAAAAUUGGUGGAUAUUUAGUGCAAGUUUAAGCUGGAAAUUCCCGACCAUGUGGCUGAGCGGCAGAUCUUAUUUUUGAUGCAGUUUGAAUUUUAGCAAGGAACGACAUUGGCAAUGACUUCUAUUAUCAAGUUAACAGUUUUAUCCGGAGGACAGGAUGAGACUCCACUCGCUUAUCUUUUACAAGUUGAUGAAUUUCGGUUUCUGUUGGACUGUGGCUGGGAUGAAUUUCUCUGUGUUGAGACCAUCGAGCCUAUCAAACGGUAAGAUGCAUGCCACUGUACAAUUGUUGUGUUUGAUGAAACAUUUUGUGUGUUCAAAUUUUAUUUGUGUGUUCAAUUAUCUUUUCUUGAGGAAAUAUUUCCUGGGCUUCAAAACAUUUUCUUGGACUAAUGGUCUUGUGGUCUGAUACAGGGAUGGUCGGAUGGAUGCAGCAUGAUCUGGUGGGGGGGGGGGGGGGGGGUGCUCUGCCAGCUCUGGUGCCGAGUUGUGUCGGUCAUGUGUGCUGCCCGCCCAUCAACUUGCUUCACUACUGCAAAGUCUUGCUUUGACUGCUGUAUUCGGAAUUGUAAUUGUUGUUCACAGUUUGCUUAUCAUCAUGUUAUUACUCAAAUUACCAUAUCUCAUUUUGCCUCUAAUAAUGUUUUGCUUUAUCAUGAAAAAUAGCACCCCCCUCUGUCCAGGGCUAAGGGGGGGGGGGGUGCACAACCCCCCCCAGUAAAUCCAUCCCUGGUCUGAUACUUUUACAAUACCAACAUAAAUAGGUUGUAGUCAUGUGAUAUUAAUUGUUGAAUAAUUGCUCUGUCAGGCAUGUGAAUCAAAUUGAUGCAGUGUUGCUGAGCUAUCCCGACAUCUAUCAUCUUGGUGCAUUACCUUAUCUUGUUGGCAAAGCUGGUCUAAACUGUCCAGUUUAUUGCACCAUUCCCGUGUACAAGAUGGGGCAGAUGUUUAUGUAUGAUUUUUACCAGGUAAUAUACCCGCUUACUACACUAUGGUACAAGUUUUGCAUGAGUGUGAUUACAGAAUAAUAACAGAUUACAGAUAUAAAACACAUUGGCCAAUUGUUUGGUUAUCCCAUUGAAGUGUGCAAGACUUCCCUUGGCAAGUGAAACCAUCUGGCGUUAGACAGACUGAGCAAAAUAAAGUGACGUGUUUUGGAUGCAUUGCAGCUCAAUUAGUGAAUUAUUGUCAUAAUUUCAGUCUCGUCACAAUUACGAAGAUUUUGAGUUGUUUUCUCUGGAUGACGUUGAUGCUGCAUUUGAUAAAAUUAUCCAGCUCAAGUACUCCCAACACGUCAGUUUGAAAGGUAAAGACUCUUUUGUUUCUGCUUCAGUACUUGAUUUUCAAUGCCAACAUGUAAAAAUGCACAAGUUGUAACAAACUUGCAGCAGACUUGUAGCAAUGCUGUUCCAACAACUUGUCAACAGGAUGUGUUCGCACUGCUUGUUCCCAGCUUGUUGACAACUUGCUACAAGGUUUUUGAGCUCUGCAGACUUGUUACAAGUUGUUCCAACAACUUGUUAUCGUCCUGCAAUUCAAUAAUUUGUCAACAAGUUGUGAGUGACAACCUUGUAGCAACUUGAUAAAAUACUACCAUUUUCGAGCUUCCGUGAAGCGUGCAUUUAUAACUAGGUUUUAAAACGUUUCUUCAGCAUGAAUUUGUCAUUCAAAACUUUUUAUUUCGCUCCUAAAACAUUUUGUUUUGACAUAAUAACUUCUGUGGGCGUGGUAUAAAACAUAUUGCUUUGCACGCGAAACUUUGAAUUUCGGAGUCAAAACUCAAAAGGACACAUGUAUUACAGAGGUUUGUUACGUAAACAUAUCCAGAAGGUGCUAUAAAUCUGUUAUUUCGCUUUCUAUAGCAAUUUUGUCAGUAUAAAGUCAGUCCGUGUGAAAAAUAAGAAGAAAUUUCCGCGUGCAAAACAAUGUGCUUGACACCAUGCCCACAAAAGUUACUAUUGCAAAACAAAAAGUUAUGAUUGACAAACUCAUGCUGAAGAAACGUUUUGAAACGUAGUUAUAAGUGCACGCUUCACGGAAGCUCGAAAAUGGUAGUAACAGCAUUGUUACAACUUGUAGACAAGCUUGCUGCAAGCCUGUUGCGAACACAUCUUGUUGACAAGUUGUGAGAUUUUUACGUGUGUGGUAGUAUCUGAGGAUGCUGACAAAAGUGUAUGAUUGAGUGAUAUGAUUGCAGGGAAAGGUCAUGGUCUAACCAUCACACCAUACGCAGCGGGUCACAUGAUAGGAGGAACGAUGUGGAAGAUUGUUAAAGAUGGUGAAGAAGAUAUAAUUUAUGCUGUGGAUUAUAAUCAUAAGAAAGAAAGGUUCAUCAAUACUUUGGAUCAUUUUAGUGAUAUCUUAACAUUAACACUUUAAAAUCAUUCCAACCUUUGAAGAGUUUUGUAGGGGCAUGUAAUUUUUCAUACAUUUAUUAGACAGUUGCAAAAAAUACAGCCAUAGGCCCUAUGGCCGGAAUCGAACCUGCAGCCCUGUGAUUCUGGUGCAGCGCUCCAGGGCGCAAAACUCCCUUUACAAAUGCUAGAACUUUGUUUUCAAAUGACAGAACUUGGUUUUCAAAUGCUAGAACUCCCUUUUCAAAUGCCAGAACUCUGUUUUCAAAUGCCAGAACUCUUUUUUCAAAUGACAGAACUCCCAUUACAAAUAGCAGAACUUGGUUUUCAAAUGGCAGAACUCCCUUUACAAAUGGCAGAACUUGAUUUUCAAAUGCCAGAACUUCCUUUUCAAAUGCCAGAACUCCGUUUUCAAAUGCCAGAACUCUAUUUUCAAAUGCCGUUUCGAAUGGCAGAACUCCCUUUUCAAAUAGCAGAACUUCACACUCAGAAUUUCCAUUUACAAAACCUUGACAUAUUCAAUCAAGUGAGAAAUAUUUACCUCUAACCUUAACACUAUAGCUUUACCCUAACUUAUUUUAAUUUGUUUAGACAUUUAAAUGGCGCUGUCCUGGAGACGUUAAGCAGACCAUCCUUACUCAUCACUGAUUCUUAUAAUGUUCUGAAUAUGCAAGCCAGGAGGCGAGACAGAGACACACAACUCAUGUGUAUGUUACCACUAGGAAUAUUGAAUUGGCAAAAGCCACCCUCAUGUCCAUGACUAAUUCUAAAUUUAAUUCCAGCUCAAAUAUUAAAGACAACAAGAAGAGGUGGUAAUGUCCUCUUAACAGUCGAUACUGCUGGCCGUAUUUUAGAACUGUCACAAUUGCUGGUAAGUUAGAACUGUCACAAUUACUGGUAAGUUAACAAAACUUUUGUCGUUCACUUUAGGGAUGAGCUGAUCAAGAAAAAUCAAAUUUACUGAUCCGAUAAAUCCAGCUCCGAUUUACCAUCCGAUCAGCCUAUAUAUUGGCAGUUACCGAUAUUUCUUAACAGGAAUUCCCAACACUCAAAAUUGGGGCAAAAUGUUAGUAAAACGUAACAAGAGUUAGCCGACCAGUAACAGAAAUAUCAUUACGAUAGUCAAGGAUUAAAUUUACUUAUUAUAUAAAGUAUAAUGCUUUAUAGAGAUUUCGAGCACUGAUAAAACUGAUAAUCUCACAUGUGAGAUAAUUUCACAUGUGAAAAUUAUUGCUUUUCCAUUGUCGCUUUUCUGUAAAAAUUAUCGCUUUUCAAAGACUGUCCUUACAGGUAAACUACGUGAAGCGUUCCUCUUUUGAGUUUCUAAAUUGAUUGCAAUUUUCCUCAUUACUUUUGCAAUUUAAAAAACUCCUUUGCAAAUCCCUUGAGGGAAUUUGCAAUGUUGCUAAAAGCCAAAAAAAUUUUCCUCAGUUCCUGUUAGAAGUUCUUAACUUCCUGUUACAAGUUCCUAACUUCCUGUUCUGUUCUGGGCGUUGCAAUUGGCUAAGAAAAAUAAUGGACCAAUAACAACGCUCAGAACAGAACAGGAAGUUAGGAAAUUAAAACAGGAAGUUAGGAAAAUUUAAAAUGAAGUUUGGAAUAUUGCAACAGCCGAUAGGAACAUUGCAAAUUCCCUCAAGGGAUUUGCAAAGAGUUUUUCAAAUUUGCAAAGCUAAUGAGGAAAAUUCCAAAUGAGUUACGAAGUCAAAAGAGGAACGCUUCACGUAGUUUACCUGUAAUAUAAUAAACAGAAAAAUACAUGGGUGCUUUGAAAUGCCAGAUUUAUUUCUCGUGUUGAACAUGAUAUCUCACUUGUUUGCUGCGCUCACUCGUGAUAUAUCAUGUUCAACACUCGAAAUAAAUUUGGUAUUUCCAAGCAUCCAUGUAUUAUUCUCUAUUUAAUUUUGUAAUCAAUAUAUUUCGGUAUCCUGAUAGUAUCCUGACAAGUAUCCUGAUAAAUGACUUAAAGCAUAAGUGAAUCUGAAAGUGUUUGGUGGAAGAGAAUCUGUCCAAAAAACCACUAUUUUUGUUGGCAAAGAAAAGGAAAUAUCACAAGUAAAAGUCAGAAUGAUAUUUAUUGGACUGCCAAUAUAUAUCGAUGUAAUCAGCUGGUAACCAAUUUGCAUGAAAGUUGCCGAUUAUUAGCCUUCUCCCAGACCGAAUUUGUUGCGUAAUUUAGGGAUUUAAUUUCGAGCUGCGAGCAGGCUGCCGAUUAUCUGCUUCUGCCAAUUAAUUUCUCAUUAUCAGCUCAUUCCUAAUUCGCUUUGUUUUGGUAAGUGCAAUGAACAAAGGCAGUUCUUGUCGUUUCCAGGAUCAGCUGUGGCGUAAUCCAGACUCGGGAUUGUUGGCGUAUUCUCUGGCGUUGUUGAAUAAUGUCAGCUACAACGUUGUGGAGUUUGCCAAAUCACUCGUUGAAUGGAUGAGCGACAAAGUCAUGAAAUCAUUUGAAGUUGGUCGAAAUAAUCCUUACCAGUUUAAGUUAGUAAAAUCAAACUGCAUUUGAUAGUAAAAAUACAGAUAUAUUAACCAAUUAAUAAGUUGCAUUGCACCCUAAUGUCCCUACUUAUAUACUCUGUCUAACAUUGGGUGAUUUUAGUGAGUCAAGGGGAGGGUGCUGGUACUGAAUGGAUUAAAAACAAUAAAAUAAAUAUGUUUGAUGGAUUUUGUAAUGGGAAUAAUUUUCCAUUUUAGAUAUUGUAAACUUUGUCACAAUUUGGCGGAAUUAGAGAAAGUUCCCUCUCCAAAGGUAAAUACAGUAAGCUUUCAUGACUUGUGCCUCAACGUAAAAACAUACAAGUUGUAACAAACCUGCAGCAGACUUGUAGCAAUGCUGUUCCAACAACUUGUCAACAGGAUGUGUUCGCACUGCUUGUUCCCAGCUUGUUGACAACUUGCUACAAGGUUGUUGAGCUCAACAGACUUGUUACAAGUUGUUCCAACAACUUGUUAUCAUCCUGCAAUUCAACAAUUUUUCAACAAGUUGUGAGUGACAAUCUUGUAGCAACUUGAUAAAAUAACAGCAUUGUUACAACUUGUUGACAAGCUUGCUGCAAACCUGUUGCAAACACAUCUUGUUGACAAGUUGUGAGAUUUUUACGUGUGUGUAUUACACAGAACUUUGCAUUGUAGGUGGUGCUAGUUAGUAUGCAAGAUCUCACAUCGGGUUUUGCUAAAGAUUUAUUCAUUGAGUGGGCAGAGGACGAAAAGAACAGUAUUAUAUUCUCGAGUAGAACUUCUCCUGGAUCCUUAGCAAGAAAGCUGAUUGAUAAUCCGAAUACAACGAAAAUUGACUUGGAGGUCAGUAUUCAGCUCUUGCAAGUCACGACACAAAUAAUUCAACGAUGAUUUCCACCAUUUUGCUUCGGCCUUAAUCCAGGUUUCCAUAUGGUCAUAAAGAUAUCUUCGCGGUCUUUCUCAACGGCCAGAUUAUAAAUGCUUUUUACCUGUAAACCACAUAUAAAUAAUAAGUAUUCUGUAUUUAUAAUCACUAUGUCUAUGUUCAAUUCUAAACCGUUGUAUUUCGACUGUUGAGAAAGAUCGUGACUCAAUCUUUACGACCGUUAUGAGUCAUCAAUUCCCUCAAACAUUUCUUACAAAUCCUUCAAAACUUAUAGAAUUUACCCAUGCGAAAUUCCUACUGUGAUCACAGAAACGUUGAUAGUGUAAACUAGAUUUUAGUUUUAAAGUUUGUUCGUUCACUGCAAUAUUCCUUGGGUAUUUAAGAAGCCACGAUUGCAAUUUUAGAUCACCCCUGAUGAAGACACUAGACUGGAGUGUCGAAACGUUGGGUCUUGAUUACAAUUCGACUGGGCUUUGUAUUCUUAUAUUUAAACCAGAGUAGCGAGCGAAACAAGAUUUUAGUUUAUCACAAAGAUUGUUUUACCUCGUGUAGGUUAAAACUAGAAUUAAGUUAGAAGGAGAAGAACUAGAACAUUACUGGGAAGUACAAAAGGAAAAAGAGAAAGAUAAAAAGAUGACAGAGGCAGCAAAUAAAAGGUACGAUUAAUUUACAAACUAAACACUAUUCCAUUAACAUAUUGCCGCCAUCCAGCUCAUCACAAUGAACGAUUUGAGUCGAAAUUCAGAGACCAAAAAGCGUGAUUAUUAAUACUUUAAAUAAAAAAAUUACAGUUGAGGCAUUAUUAUUGUUACUGAUUUGAAAGACUGAUGUGGUAGAAGUCUAAUUUGAAUUUGAAUCGUUUAGCAAAGAAACAGUUCCAGAAAGUGACAGUGACAGCGAAGAUGAAGGGAUUGGUUUGACAUUUGGAGGAAAAGCGCGACAUGAUCUCAUGAUGUCAGACGAGAAGGUAGUAAAACCAUGUCAAUAUGACUGAUGGAAAACAGUGUUGAUGUAUCUCUGUUGAAGGGUAUUGUCGAGUGGAAAUUAUCGAGUGCAAAUGUAUUAACGGCUUAUCGACCGAGCGUGAGGUCUGUACUGUGAAAUAUCAAACCGAGGUUUUUUAGUAAGAUAUGCUCCCUGAACUGUAGCCGCCAUGUUGCCAAAUAAAUACAAGCACGUGAUCACAGCACGAAAUCUGAUUGGUCAUACUUAAAAUUCCACCGAUAAAAAUCGUAUAAUAUCAAAACGUUUUGAUGCUGUCCGAUUAAAACCGAGCAACAAAAAUCGGUUAAAAAUGACACCGCACACACAACGAUUUUGUUAGUUUUAGUCAAACGAUUUUUAUCGGCCGACUAAAAUCGCAUCGUGUGCGCCAGGCUUAAGCAAAAAUUUCCCGCCAGAUAAACGACAUCCGGGACACCGGUCCAGAUACGGAAAAGACGGACCACGGUCCGGAUAUGGGUUUUUACGGACCGCUUGUCAACCAAUCAGAAUAGAGAAUUUUGAAAAGCCAUAUCAUAAAUACACUUAUUAAACCUAACCAGGAACAGCUGCGAAAACUGUAGGUCCCUGGCAGGAAUCGAACGUGUAGCCUUGGGAUUCCGGUGAAGCGCUCUAACCACCUGAGCUACAGAGCCCAGUUGUCGAUCUUUUUACAAAUGAACUUGUGGUUAGAGCGCUGCACCGGAAUCGCAGGGCAGCAGGUUCAAUUCCUGCCAGGGAUCUAAAGUUGCAUUUUUCGCUUCUGUUCCUGGUUAGGUGUAAUAAAUGUAUACAAAUUUCCACUCAAUAAUUUCCAUCUAUAAUACCUUUCAACUAGUAUUCAAUCAAGCGAGACGCCAACAAAAUGUUGAUAUAUCUCAGUAAAGAAUGAUUUGAAUGUAGCUUACAAAAGACAAGAUAGAUCCAGAUUAUUUCACAUCAUAGUUUCUUCAAUUUUUCCACGAUACGCUAAUCACGGAUUUCUACCAAAAAUAACAAUUUCCUUUUUGUGUUAUCAGCGAGGACACAAGAGUAGUUUCUUCAAGCAAGCCAAGUCGUAUCCCAUGUUCCCUUGCAAGGAGGACAGAGUGAAGUGGGAUGAAUAUGGAGAGAUCAUCAAACCUGAGGAUUACAUCAUACCUGAGGCGAAUGCGCCUGAGGAGGAGACGAAAAUUAAGACAGUAAGUCUUUACCAGCCUCGUACCCAGGCUAUUUUCUUACACUCUGGUGCCACAGCCACUUGAGUACGAGGAUGAGUCUUCACAACAGAAGAUUUCCCCAUGUAGUACCCUCUAGGUAGUGCAAAGCUAGCCAGUUUUAUCCAGAGUUAUUUCGAUGAACAUAUAUUAUUAUUUUUCAAACUAGGAACCUGAUUCUGGAGCGUCAGACACAGAAAUGGUACCUGUGCAAGGUAAAACGACUUAAUUUACACUAUCAAAGUUUCUGUUAUCACAGUAGGAAUUUUGCAUCGGUAAAUUCUAAGUUUUGAAGGAUUUGUAAGAAAUUUUUGAGGAAACUGACUUAGUGUUAAUCCUUCAAAAUUUAGAAUUUACCUCUGCAAAAUUCCUACUGUGAUCACAGAAACUUUGAUAGUGUAAACCAGACUUCUUCUAUGCUAUUGUUCAUGUGAAGAAAACGGUCUUUCUUAGCGAAAACGUGAAUUUUCAUACUUAUUUAGACGAUCCUUUCAGUGUUCCAACAAAAUGUGUUGUGGAGAAAAAGACAAUAGACAUCAAGUAUGACAAGAAUAAUAUUCUUUUGUGAAGAAAGUUUUCUCCAUACGGUUAUAAAAACGUGAUGGCAUUUCUCCCUAGGUGCUCGUACAUGUAUAUUGACUUUGAAGGUCGAUCAGAUGGCGAAUCUAUCAAAAGAAUUAUAUCUAUUGUUAAACCAAGACAAUUGGUAAGUCACAGAUCAUAAUUAACCUUUCUCACGAAAGUCUAAAUCCGCCAUUUUUGGCUACUAUUUUAUAAACAACGUGAAAAAUCUAAGCGAUGUGGGAAUAAUUUUUAAAUUUGUUUAACUGCGAAUCGAUUUAUAAUGAUUAUACUUCCAACUAUAGUUAUAGAAAGUUUCAUUUUCACUGCCUACUAUCCCUGUUCUAAUACCUGCUGUUUUCCACCAGCCAACACAAGUAUUACAGAUUUACAGUAUAUUAUCGCCACACAGACCAAGCCCUAGUUCUCUCUCUAAAACUAUAGAAAUCGUCUUUCUAAAGAACGAGUCACGAACAAGGCCUAAAAAAAUACCUGUGGUUCCGGUUUCAUAUCGCGAAAAAAUUAGGGUCGGUAGGUCGGAAAUAAAUUUUUUUUAAAUAUUUUCUCAUGGUUUUGGCGGGUUUUUUGCUGGGCGAUUUUCAGUAGUAGAAUCCCGACAUCAAUGUUAACUAGAGAUGCGUAUUUCCUGUGGACGAAUUUAGGCAAUUUGUUUCAAUAAUUAGUGUGACAACAGACGCCAUUUUGGCACGCUGUAUGAGCAGCCCGCAACCACCCGGAGAAAAUAGGGUCGCACGGUCAAUCGCGUUGGAAAAAUAAUAGGGUCGGCAGAAAAAAAAAUGGGUCGGUCGGGAACCGGAACCGCAAGUAUUUUUUUUAGGCCCAAUGAUCAUAUUUGUUUCUGAAAGCCAGUCACAAAACAUGAACAUUUUAGGUAGAUAUUUACCCCUUCCUCCUGUAGUAAGACUGACAAAACACUGGCUAUUGUUUCUCCAAGGUGGUUGUCCAUGGUACUCCAGAUGCGACGAAACAUUUGGCGGAAUAUUGUCGAAAGAACAGCGACAUGGAAGUAAAGAUGGUUUUCACGCCAGCUACUGGCGAGACGGUGGAUGCUACGAGAGAAAGUCACAUUUAUCAGGUAGAGAAUGAAACUCAGUUUAUUCGCAAUGUAUGAUUCGAACUAGAGACGAAAUUUUGAUCUGGACAAGAACAACGAAAUCCAUUACCAUAGCUGGAAAGAGUAUCUUAAAAUGAGUAAAAUUGCAAAGUUUGGUUGCGAGUUGUUGUAAAAUGAGGAAAAUAUAGCCCUGUGAAGUUCGCAAAUUUUGUACAUAUUUGCAUUACGCGCGGGAAAUUAAAAAUAACAAUUUUUGAGCCAAAAGUGGUUAUUUUUACCGCGCGUAAUACAAACGCCAGCGAAAUCGCCUGAAGAUCGAUCAGACAAGAUCGUGAAACUCAGAGUAGCGAAAAAAACAUUGUUAUUUUAAGAUAUUUAUGAUUUUAAUUAUAUAUAAAUAUGUGAAGUGCAGAAAAAACUUUCAAAUAUACUCCGAAAACUAAAGAAUAACAUUCUUCCGUCCCCCAGAUUAUACUCCGCGAUUCCUUGGUAAGUGCCCUGCAGUUUUCCCAAACACGUGAUGCUGAGAUAGCCUGGGUUGAUGGGCAGCUGGUGAAGGAACAUUUGAAAUCUUUGACACAAGGAGAAGAGAAAAUGGAUGUGGAUACUUUUGACUCUGUGCCUGUCUUAGAACAACUAUCUUUGACUGAGGUAUGACCUCAAACAUUCUUCUAAUACACAUGAAAAAACGCACAAGUUGUAACAAACCUGCAGCAGACUUGUAGCAAUGCUGUUCCAACAACUUGUCAACAGGAUGUGUUCGCACUGCUUGUUCCCAGCUUGUUGACAACUUACUACAAGGUUGUUGAGCUCAACAGACUUGUUACAAGUUGUUCCAACAACUUGUUAUCGUCCUGCAAUUCAACAAUUUGUCAACAAGUUGUGAGUGACAACCUUGUAGCAACUUGGUAAAAUAACAGCAUUGUUACAACUUGUUGACAAGCUUGCUACAAGCCUGUUGCGAACACAUCUUGUUGACAAAAAUCUAUUUAAAAAUCUAUUGAAAUUGUUUAUUUAUUUUUUAUAUGCAUGUAGAACAGAGGCAUUUUUCCAAUAGAGUUUUAAUAUUAUCUGUAAAUACAGGUCUUGUAGGAUACCAGCUAUUGAACUCAAUAACUGAACAAGUUAACCUGGUAAAAUAUAGAAUAUAAUAAUAACAAGUUGUGAGAUUUUAUGUAUGUAGGAUUGAGGUUGGGUUAACCAAAAUUCCGACAUGUUUCAGAUUCCAGGGCAUGAUCAGGUAUAUAUCAAUGAUCCAAGGCUGUCAGAUUUUAAACAGAUUCUGCAGAAGAAUGGUGUACAGGCUGAGUUUGCUGGUGGAGUGUUGGUAUGUUGUAGUGGUGCCCUGGCUAUAACUAGAGUAAGUCAUUUCUUAUUUCUCACAAAUGUAGGUAGUCGCAAUAAUAUGAAAGUUUUGGAUUGAUAGGGAUAUCCUUCCCUGCUGGCAGAGGUCUCUAUUUGUGCUGGGAACUCGAGGGAUAUCUACACAGAGGUGUAACUUAACACUUGCCCGGGGCAAGUGAAUAUCAUGACGGGCAAGUAAACAUUUUAUCAUGCUUGCCCGAUUGGGCAAGUUGCCUUGCCACAAAAAGCUGGGCAUCUUUAAGUUUAUGUUGGCAUUGUCGGAUAUAAAUUUUUUAUAGUGCAUGAACUUGAUUCAAAUUUUGUUUUUCGUCGGCCAAAGCUAGAUCUGAGGCAGUAUAACAUAACCAUAUGAGUAGUGGAAGAACGCGUCGAUGAUAGAACGCGUCAGAAUACCCCCUGUCUGAUGGCAAGUGAAUUUUACUCAGGGCAACUAAUUUUCAUGUCCAACUUGCCCUGGCAAGUGGUCAAAACCACUGAACUUGUUAACAAGGUUGCUGCAAACCUAUCGCAAACACAACUUGUUAACAAGCUUGCUGUAUGUAAACCUGUUGCGAACAAAUCUUGUUGACAAGUUGGUUGCGAACACAUCUUGUUGACAAGUUGUUGGAACAGCAUUGUCACAACUUGUUAACAAGCUUGCUACAAACCUGUUGAGGAGACAUCUUGUUGACAAGUUGUUGGAACAGCAUUGUCACAACUUGUUUACAAGCUUGCUACAAACCUGUUGAAGAGAAAUCUUAUUGACAAGUUGUUGGAACAGCAUUGUCACAACUUAUUAACAAGCUUGCUACAAACCUGUUGAAGAGAAAUCUUGUUGACAAGUUGUUGGAACAGCAUUGUGACAACUUGUUAACAAGCUUGCUACAAACCUGUUGAAGAGAAAUCUUGUUGACAAGUUGUUGGAACAGCAUUGUCACAACUUGUUAACAAGCUUGCUGCAAACCUGUUGUUAAAAGUCUUGUUCACAAGUUAUUGCAACAGCAUUGUCACAACUUGUUAACAAGCUUGCUACAAACCUUUUGAAGAGAAAUCUUGUUGACAAGUUGUUGGAACAGCAUUGUUACAACUUGUUGACAAACUUGCUACAAACCCGUCGAGGAGAAAUCGUAUUGACAAGUUGUUGGAACAGCAUUGUGACAACUUUUUAACAAGCUUGCUACAAACCUGUUGAAGAGACAUCUUGUUGACAAGUUGUUGGAACAGCAUUGUUACAACUUGUUAACAAGCCAUCAACAAGGUGUAUUUCCACUGCUUGUCACAAGUUGUCAACAGGUUUGGAACAACUUGUUGACAACUUGUAACAACCUUGUCGAAAUUAUCAGACUUGUUGCAAGGUUGUUCUGACAAAUCCGUUACAUGCUUGGUAUAACAAUAUUGUUACAACCUUGUGUUGACAACUUUGUAACAUCCUUGUUAUAUCACGGCUGUAACAAACGUGUUAGCACAGUCUUGUAACAAGGCUGAUAAUGCCAUCAAGCUUGUUACAAGUUGUUAACAGCUUGUUUCAAACUUGUUACAACAAUAUGUUUGCGAUGUUAGUCUGAGUGCAUAUCCACACCGGGCGAGCUUGAAAAAUAUGCCCGGCCACGGUGGGAUUCGAACCUACGACCUUUUUGGAAAUACUAGCCCAAUGCUCUUCCAACUGAGCUACGCGGUCAGGACGGUUCGUGUAAGUGAUAUUUCGGAACAGUAUCUAGUUCCUUCAAUACCAAUGUGUUCUAGUAAUAUGAAUUUUAAUAUGAAAUAUGAAAAAAAAAAAAUUCAAAAAAGGUCGUAGGUUCGAAUCCCACCGUGGCCGGGCAUAUUUUUCAAGCUCGCCGGGUGUGGAUAUGCACUCAGACUAACAUCGCAAACAUAUUAUUCACCCGAGUACACAACACCAACACAGAAAAAAAAAAUUCUUGUUACAACAAAUUGGGAACAAGCAGUGCGAACACAACUUGUUGACAGCUUGUGAACAGACUUGUAACAACUUGUUUGCAGACUUGUUACAAGCUGUGCGUUUUUAUGCGUGUAUUUGCAAACACAUCUUGUUGACAAGUUGUUGAAACAGCAUUGUUAAAAAUUUUUAACAAGCAGUACGAGCCUGUUCAGGAGACAACUAACACAAGUACCUGAAAACUACAAGAAUUUGUUGUAUUUUUCUGGUAGUGAUAUCGCUAUCAAUCUGCCGCUUUGUUCAGAAAACUGUCGGCUGAGGUAAAAUCUUUUGAUCAUCUAGAACGAGGCUGGACGUAUUGGUUUGGAUGGCGCAGUGUGCGACGAAUACUACAAGAUCAGAGAGCUGUUGUAUGAUCAAUUUGCAAUCUGUUAAACAUCAGCAUCUUGUUGUUAAUGAGAUUUCAGACUGGGCAGGUAUCAUUGGUAAUAUUUUAUCGCAGUAAAACACAUAAGUACAACAAUGUUUAAGAUGUAAACUUGCUAGUGGUUUAAUGCAAAAGACCAAGCACACAAACACAGACUCCAGACCACCAGAGAGUGACUAAAUCUUAUGUGGGGAAAUGAAAAGUAACACAGGUUGUUCAUUAGGCCAUUUUGGGCUUAAAAAGUAUGACAGUUAACACAAAAACAGCUAUGUAUGAAGAAUGUUUUGUAUAAAGAAAAGAGAUAUCUCAAUGGAGUUGAGAAAUAGACCUGUUCAUCUUAAAGUCUGGUUUACACUUUACACUAUCAAAGUUUCUGUGAUCACAGUAGGAAUUUUGCAUUUGGAAGAUUUGAAGGAUUUGCAAGGUAUUUUAGAGGGAACUAACUCACUGUUUAACAGUCAUUUCCCUCAAACAUUUCUUGCAAAUCCUUCAAAACAUAGAAUUUACCGAUGUAGAAUUCCUACUGUGAUCACAGAAACUUUGCAAGGUUAGUACAUACACAAAACCAGCAUUUAAUGAGAACCAGGUCAAGUGGUAUUAUGAACCAGCAAUACAUUUUUAGUAGUAUGUCAAAGGUAACACAUUCUCAUAAUUUAUUUUUAUAUGCUCAUUUCAAGUGUUGACAACAUAUAUUUUGUGUUUGAUAACAUUUAUUACUAGGUAUAAACUUUCUCAAUUUCUUUAGCAUAAUAUACUACAUAAACACAUUAUUUGAAUUGUACAAGAGUGAAUAAAAUUUCACUAAGUGCAGUUUAAGGUUUUAAAGCCUUAAUUGUACAUAAAGUCAUAGGGUUUCCCCUUUGCUUCUCAGAAAUCAUUCAUUGUUUUCGUUUUUGAGGUUGUCCAUGGCUCGUUUACGUUUCACUCUAGCGUAAGGUCCAAUUGCAGGGUCGGUAAUGAAAUCGUACAGUACUUUGACCCAUGACGUGUGGUGGGGUAGCUUGUUGUAAUAUUCUGGUGCAAUUUCUCUCACUUUUGGAAGUAAUGAACCAGGGACACUUGGGAAAUCGUGAUGUUCAUUAUGGUAGCCGACAUUAAAUGUGAGCAUAUUAAGGGGGCCAUAGUAUGAAUAUGUCUCGAAACCUUUCUUGAACAUGUAAUGCUCCGAGAUAAAAUGACCUGCGACCGGGUGUAAGCCCAUCCCUAACAGGCUGCCUGCGAUAAGGUAGACCAAUGCCUUAGCACCAAGGACAUAUGCAAUCAAGGCGUUGAUGGCGAAUUGUGAAACUGUGUUAAAUAUCUCCAUUGGUUGCGGUGGUUUGGGGUUAACAAACAACGGCCUGAUGGCGUAGAAAAAUGGCUGUAAGAUCACCCAGAAGAAUUUUGUGAAGGUGUUGGUGAACAGUUUGGUCUCCAUUUCGCUUGGCAGGUCGACAUCAAGCAUGUCUUGCCCUUGAUAGCGAUGGUGUUCAAGAUGGUAUUUUUUAAACGAGAAUGUGCAUGGUACUCCAAUGGGAAGGUUUGCAGUCAUACCCAGGACCCGGUUAUGCCAUGGUUUGCUAUGACCAAACCCUGCGUUAUGGGCAAUCUCGUGGAUAGCCAGAAGUAAGGCGUGGUUAAGUACUCCGCCGAAACAGUAGGCAAGUACAAACACCAUAAGCCAGUUGGCAUGCUGUCCAACAAAAUAUGCGGCAAUGAAUUGCAGGAUGACCAAGGUUACGACCUGGUAUUUGAAUUGGUGAUCAACUACCAUCAGCGUCUUUAUUUCAGGAUGUUUUUCUACAAUGAA